UAAUUUUUCAGGAAUUUUAGUCAAUCAGCGACAGACGAAAAAAGAAAUUAGAAAUAAAAACGAAAUCUAAACGAAUUUAGCUUAAAAUUAACUUAGAAUUACGAUACUUAAGAGAGAGGUGCGCUUGCGCGAUGUGGAAAUGUGUGUACUUAAUGCCGGGAAUUUAACUUGAAACACAAAGUGUGGGCGAAAACAAGAAUCACAAAAAAAAAACAUAAAAAGAACAAUAACAAGAGAGGGAGAGGGUGAGAGACCGAGACAGAAGAGGGAGGUUUGAGUGAGAGCGAGUGAGAGGAAGAGAGAGUGUGGAACAGGUUUUUACACCUUUCCAGAUUCUAGAUUCCUCCGAUUCCCGUUUACCGUGUUUCCCAAACGAUCCAGUCAGGAGCGCACUUUGCAUAUUGGAAGUGAACAGGCAGAGUCAAAAUGGAGUCCCUCCCCCUUCUACUCCUACUGCCGUUGCUCCUCCAACUGUGGAGCACCAGCUCCAGUGCCAGCUCCAUCACCAGUUCCAGUUCCUCCAGCUCCCCGCCAGUGCCGCAACCGCCGCCAUUCCGCCAGUGCGAGACAAUCCGCAUCGAGAUGUGCCGCAAGAUCGGCUACAACGAGACCUCCAUGCCCAACCUGGUGGGCCACGAGAUGCAAGCGGAUGUGGAGUACACACUGCAGACGUUUGCGCCGCUAAUCGAGUACGAUUGCAGCUCCCAGUUGAAGCUCUUCCUGUGCGCCGCCUAUGUGCCCAUGUGCACGCCCAAGGCUCCGGUACAUGCCAUCGGUCCCUGCCGCAGCCUGUGCGAAUCGGUGCGCAUUCGGUGCCAUCCGGUGCUGCAGGGAUUCGGCUUCCCCUGGCCGCUGGCCCUGGACUGUGAUCGUUUUCCGCGUGAGAAUAACCACGAGACGAUGUGCAUGGAGGGUGAGCUGCAUCAGCCGCAGCUGGAACAGGAUCUAUAUGGUGGCUUAUCGUCGUCCCAGGGAGGAAUUGGAGGGAUAAACGGCGCCGGAAAACUUCCGCUGGACUGUUCCGGUCUGGCCAAAUCGCAUCUGUAUGUAAAACUGCCACGCUCGGGACGCUGUGCACCGCUGUGCGAAGCUGAUAUCCUGUUCACCCCCUCUGAGAAGCAUCUGGCCGAAGUGUGGGUCUCAACCUGGGCAUAUGCCGCCUUAGGACUGGCCUUGGUGGCCACCGUUUGCCUGCUGCUGGCCAGCGAUGGCAGCCGGUUGGCCAGUGCCGCCAAAUGGUCGCGUCUGUUGUCGCCGCUUAUUUGGUGCCACAACAUGGUCACCCUGGGCUGGACGGUGCGCUUUGUGGUGGGAAGAACGGGCACAGCCUGCGGCAUGGAUCCCCAGGCACCCAACGAGUCGCUGCUCAGCGUAGAUGGGCUCUCGAAUGCCUCCUGUGCAAGUGUCUUCCUGAUGCGCUACUACUUUGGCAUGGCUGCCUGUGCCUGGUGGGCUGUACUCUGCUUGGGCUGGCACCGGGAUAUACGUCGUCAUAGCCCGGAUGCCAAGGGCCAUGUGGCCAUCAUUCCAACUGCUGCUAACUCCUCCUCCUCCAAUUAUGCCAAGCGGCAGGAUCUCACGCAGAAUAACUUUGUGUGCUUUGUGGCCUGGGGACUGCCCGCCUUUCAAACGGCCGCCGUGAUUGUGGCGCGUUACGUGGACGCAGAUGAGCUGCUGGGUGCCUGCUUUGUGGGUAAUCAGUCAGACAAGGCUCUCCAGGUGCUGGUGGCCACGCCUGUCUUCUGCUAUUGGAUCUUUGGCUCUAUGAACCUUAUCUCCGGCUAUUUGGUGCACUGCCGCACCAAGGAGAUCCUUAGGAACAGCAAUGCUUUAACCCUGCAGCAACUAAGUGCCCAUGGUAGCUCAGGGAUUGGCAUCUUCCUAUUUAUGUACGGGUUGGCCUGCGCCCUGCUCCUGCUGGCCGUCAUCUAUGAGUUUGCCAACAUCGAUGUCUGGCUGGGAUCGGGCGAGACCAGCACUCCGUUGUGGCCCUUUUUGGUGCGCGCCUUUAUGGAACUGAUGCUGGGCAUUUGCUGCUUUGCCUGGAUCCUAGGACCCAGCAUCUCCAUGAUGUACAAGCGUCAGGUGGGUGGCAAUACCAAAAUGAUGAUGAAACCGGUGGCUGGAGGCGAUGCUCAGAGCAGCUCGCGUGGCUCACAUGCGGCAUGCAGCAGCACGGUUGUCUCUUACCAUUCGGUGAGACCCUCUAUGGCCAGUGCUCCCUUGGCACCGCAGCUGCAAAGUCCCUACAAGCUGAAAACAUCGCCGGGAGCAGGGUCAAUAUCCUUGAAUCAAAUGUCCAACUAUUCGCUGGGCAGAAGCAAUCAUCAGCACAGACAUCAGCAUAGACACCAUCAUCAUCAUCAGCAUCACCAUCAGCAGCAGCAGCAGGGACACCACUCGUCCUCCUCGCAUCGCCUGUAUUAUCCACCGGGAGGGAGCAGCUAUGCCUCACAGAAGCACUACUAUCCUCCCCUUCAGCAUUAUGGCGAUGAGACGCUGCUCUAGGAGCAGCUUUCUCCGUAUCAAAUGUUCCUGCUUCCACCCUAUAUAUAAUUAUAUAUAUAUCUAUGUACUGUGUAUAUAACCCCCCAGCAAAAGGAGCCUCCUCCUUGACGUUAGUUAUAUUCGUAGUAUGUCCCCAUUUCAGGGACCGGAAACAUAUCCUAUUUUUGUGUGUACUUAAUGCCCGCUAAGCUCCUAAUUGGUGUAACCAAAAUAACCCAUAAUCAAUGCGCUCUUGCCUUUAUACACAUCUUAGCCUGAUUAUAUCGCCUUUUGCGUAUAUAUAUAUACCAUUUUUAUAUAUAUAUUGAAGUAUUUUUUUGUAAGAGAGAGAGAAAGAGAAACACACAAAGCAAGGAUCUAGUGAAGUGUAAGAUCCGUAGUGUUUAAAGACCUACAAUGCUUCUUCCGCUCUCUCGGGCUUUUCCAGAGAGCCUGAAGCGUUUGGCAUUACGGAUCUUGAAGCUUAUACUGUCUGCACAAAACAAACGCAGCAACCAAAUACUGUGAUACGCAAACUGGAGCCCCGCUUUGCUGUCCUCUAUCCUCUCCCCGACGAGUGUAACAAGUGUACUUAAACUGAAACUGAAACAGAAACUGAAUUAACAACAAAUUGCAAUCGUAGCCUAGCGUAUUCAGUGUGCCAUUAGCUUUAAGGAUCACAAACAGAAUAAGUCUUAAGAGUUUCCUUGAAUUUAACUAAUAUUUUAUACAUAAAACGAACAGUAUAUGUGUGUCUUACCAUUUUUUUUAAAUAUUUGUAUUAAAUGUAACUUAUUUGCUAGCGAAUAAAGUGUCCGAAAGUUAUAAA